AUUUAUUCGAAACCAGUGGGGCGCAAACAUUGUUACAAUUUUUUUACAAACCACUUCAAAAUGAUGCUAUAUUUUGUCGUUGAGUGUGAAGUUUACUAGAGAAUAUUAACUAUUUAUCAAGUUUUUGAAAUCAAGUUUAUGGGUGACAGUUUCAUUUAUGAUUUUACUCAGGAAGAGUUGACCGUAUAUACUAUAAACAUAAACAGUAAAGUUUGUAUUUACCAAAGGGCUGAGGUAUUUGGACGAAUUUUCUGCCAAUAAAGAUCUGUGAUUACGUUCCUUGGCAUCCAUCAAGGACAAGUAAAUGAGUUCAAAACGGAAAGGAGGUAAACGAACCAGUAGAAAAGGUAAUAUAUUUAUUGAGUCAUUUUCACAGCCAUCAAGCAAAGUUCAGUAUGCUGAAGCAUCAACACAGACAGAAGAAGAGUAUACUGAUGAUGAUUAUUAUAGCUGCUUUUUAAAACCUGAACUAAUGGGUAGUGUCUCAUACGAGAAUCAGAUACAUACAAAUCAAUUUAACAUAUCGCCGGUUAAACUAGAACCGACAAUCCAACAUAUUCACUGCAAGGUAACAUGUUCAGAAGAAAGAGAUCCCCAAGCUCAGGAAGAUCUUGCUGAUCCUCCGAGGCGUGUUAACUGCAAUAUUUGCAAUAAAUGGUUCAGUUCUGUAUCAUCCUUCCUUCAACACAAAAGCGUACACACCGGCGAAAGGCCUCAUCAAUGUGAAUUCUGCCACAAGACAUUCCGUCAGCAGGGUAACCUGGCUAGCCACAGGAGGACCCACAUUGGCCUCAAGCCGUACAAGUGCGAUAUCUGCGAUAAACGUUUUGCCAAUUCCAGUAACGUUGUUGUUCAUAAGAGAACACACACUGGUGAAAAACCUUUUGAAUGUGAUCUUUGCCAUAAACGAUUCAGUCAAUUUGCACAUCUGGUUGGACACAAACGAACGCAUACAGGGGAAGCCCCAUUCCAAUGUGAUAUCUGCAAAAAGAGAUUUAAUAACCCAAGUAACCUGACCACCCAUAAGAGAAUCCACGGGGGGGAUAGACCCUACCAGUGUGACAUUUGCAACAAGACUUUCAAACAGUCGGGUCAUUUAUCAUCACAUAGAAAGAGUCAUGGUGAAACGCAACCGCUGGCUAAUGUGAAGAUUGCCGAAACAGUCACUUCAGGCCUUGCUGAACAAUGCUCUGUUAAGGUCAAGCAACAAAAGCAGAAACGAUGAUGAAUAUAAACAGGGUGGAUUUAUAGGGGAGGGGGCAAAAAAAUUAAAUUCAGAAAUAUGGCACAAUUUCCAAGGUUUUUCCUUUUUUGAAGUCAUACUGAAACUCAUUAUAAUUCAAUGCCCAUAUCUCAGGAAAUGGCAUUUCUAGGGUUCUAAUUUUCAAAAUGUUCUGGGGGCAUACCCCCGGACCCCCUAGGGAACUUGCACCUUCGGCGCUCAAGUCGUUAGGAAGCCAAUUCAAUUGAAUGCUCUCCCACCACCCAGGGUGCAUUCUGUGCACAAAAGUGCGAAGAUAUCCGGCAUGAGUUUGACAAAUUACAAUACUAUCUAUAGUUAAUGUUGGGGUAUCUCCAGCGUAGAGUUUACAUGGAAUGCACCCUGGCCCACCACCCCCUAAAGAAUUAUAUAGAAACACUCGGCUGCUCACCCAGCAUGCACCCCCCCCCCUAGAAAAACCUUGCUGGAUCCACCCCUGAAUAUAAAAAGUCUUCCUUAAUUUAAAUUAAUUGGCAAACAAGGUUGUGUUGCUUUGGUCAGGAAAAUAUUUAAUAAUUUAUGUGAUUUAAAGUCAAAAUACAACCACUUCCACUAUUGUUUAGUGGACACCCAUUAAUACUGCCAAGGAUAAGCCAAAAAAAAUUUGGCUGUUUUAACAGGGUGGCUGUCAGUAACAGGCUAUCUUUAUAAGAAAAUGUAUUGUCUUUGCUUUUUCGGGGACAAAAAUAAGUGACUGUAAUAACAAGCUGACUGCAUUAAUGGGGUGGCCGUAAGGCAGGGUUCCAUUGUAGUCUGUUGUCAUUCCCUGAAUUUUGUUCUGUAUUGCUGUGAAUCUGAUGAAAUGUUCAUACAAAAAUAGGGAAAACUAAAUGUUAUCACCAUAUUUGCCCAGAGGUGUAGCUACGGGAGGGAAUGCGGGGUCCUGACACACACCCCCCCCCCCCUACACUUUUCGUCCGGACGAAUUUUUUAAUUCUGAGGAGAAAUUGGGAGAGAGCCUAACCUCAAAAUGCUUUCAUCGAUGUCAUAAAAUAGUCUAAACCUGUGGCUUUCAGAUUAUCAUAAAACGUGUAUGAAAUAGCACUUCGCAGACCCUAAAAUAGAAAUAUUUUCCAGGGGACCAUGCGCCCAGAUACGUGAACCCAGAUCUCGUUUCGGGCUGGCUACGGCCCUAUAUUUGCCCAUAAUUCAGUAACUGUUACACUAAAAGUAAAAAGAACAAAAACAGUAAAUGGCAACUGACUUCACAAGCAGAAGUGAGAACGUUGUUGUAUUUUGACUCUUAAAUAGAUUCAGAUAAUCAAAGGACUGUCAACUGUGAGUAUUAACACAUGGUCAGUUAAUGUAAUUGCUUUAAAAUAAUAGGAGAUCGGUAGUUGACUCUAGAAUUGUCAAACAAUCUCCCUUUGUUUUUUGGAGUUGAAUUGUCUGGUACUGGAAUAUAAUGUGGCUUAUUUUGUUAGCCGUUUUCGCGAAUUACUGUAAUUAUAUUUUUUAUAGCCUUUGUAUAAAAUAUAGCAUCAAACUACAGUAUGUGACUGCGUGGUGUAUUUACUGAAUGUCAUAAUUUUUGUUGGCCAAGAAAAACUAAUUAUGUACUAUACAACAGGGAAAGGCCCAUCCUUCCUUUUGGAUGUCCAAAUUAGCCAGGUAUACCUAGUUCCACCACAGGCAUCGCAUGGGUUUCAGGGUUUUUUUCGGGAUUUUCUCUUGGGCCGUUUUUGCAGAGAAG